CGCUUUCCCCGCGUGUUUUACCCAGGUUUCUUUUCUUUUUCCACGUCCAUCUGCAUCAACCAGUUCAUGACGUUUACAAAGAAGAAUUGCUUGCGACUCGUCCUCGAUGAGCCAGUCUCCUUCCUUGGUAACACCAAUGGGACGAUCAUAGUACGCGGCGAGGUCAUUGUUCAUUUCAUCAACGACACGGCCAUCCAGGGCCCCAUUGAUCUAGUGUUUGAAGGUCUUCAGCGCUACUACCCAUGGAAAGAUAUCAUGGGCAUACGGCCACUGGGCAAGCCAAUUGACACAAAGCUGUACGUCAUUGAACUGUCGUUAUUACCACCCAACGCACAAGGUAUCAUGCCCAGCGGCAUCCAGCGCUUUCCAUUCGAAUUCACUCUGCCAGGCUCAUUACCCACCACCAUCAGCAUACCCGACCGUCUUGACAUUUCCUACAAGUUGACAGCCACCCUUCGCAAGUCCUCGGACGAAUCGUCAGUUUCCUUUCUUGACCGAUUUAAAAGAACUCAAAAGCUAGUCGCGACGGCAAGUUUACGACUUGUGCGCGCUAUAGAGCCCAUCCCUAGUUUAGUACCAUCGUCACAACAGCAACAGCAUUCUUUAAUACGACCAUUACCUCCACCAGCAGCAACAACAACAACAACCGUUACUACUAACACCAUAGCACAUCGCCAACCAUCAUCUUCAGAUCGACCACCAUUAAGCGCACCCUCAGCCGACGAAGAAAUCGAAUUAGGCCCUCACCGUCGAACAAGCUUGGAUCGAUACUUUGAUUUGGGACACGCACAAGACGACGGCACCCACCCUUCCUAUUUUGGACAAUUUCAUCUUGGCUUGGCGCUCGACGAGCAACACGACCGAUUAGCGUAUUCGAUGGCAGGCAGAACAGUCGACAACUGGGGUCAACCUGCGGAUGGAUUGGAAUAUGGAUUACGGUAUCGCUUGGGUAUUGAUCGUACGGCGAUUGCCAUUGGGACUAGUAUUGGUAUUGAAGUCUUGCUCGAGCCAUUGAUGGACAAUAUCAAAAUUCGUUCGAUCAUGACGCGCAUUUCUGAGACACGCGAGUAUACCAUGAAAGUACCUGGCGAUCAUGCAAGUGCGGGACAAAAAGGUCAGGCAGAAACUCGGAAGGAUGAAGAAACGUUAGCCAUGAUACUCAAGUGGGCGUACGGGUUUCCGACCGAACAUGAUGAAAGCAGCAGUUGCACAGACUCUUCCGACGAAGCAAUCCAAAAGAGAAAACAGAAGCAGAAACAAUGCGUGUUGAGCCGUCGAUAUCGCCACAACCGCAGCCACUGGUCAGACGAAUUACACAACAACCGUCGAUCGAUUGUCGAAAAAGGUAGCGGUGCUUGUCAACAGUCUGUAGGCGCGUUCGAUGUUCAUCCAUAUGACAGCUACAGCCAAGAAGUAGAGGAAGAAGAAGAAGAAGCACAAGAUCCACAAUCCGGCGAAUUGCUGAACCUCAAGUCAUUAGAUCAGCUUGUACAAGUUGGCGAGUAUUUUGAAGGCCGGUUCGUUAUGCCGGUGCCAACGUGCGCCCACUUUUUGCGACCGAGCAUGACACACGAAUCAAUCUCCAUUCGUCACUGGUUGGAUCUCAUUGUCGCCAUUGAAUGCAAUGGCAAGCUGCUCAAGGUGAAGUUGACCACGCCUGUGCGGUUACUCGAUUGUCGCUUGGUUGCCGCAGAUGACGAACGACAGACUAUUUUGCCGCCUCCUCCAAGCUAUGAGACGAUACAAGUCAAUGCCAGUAGUGGGUCGACAAAUGAAACCGAAUUCUGGGUCCAGCGCUGGCCGAUUACUCAGGACGCCGUGUGGGGCUCUUGUUCGCAAUGUCCUUGUCAAGCUAAGCGUCUAAAAAACCGUGCUGACAGCAAGAAGUCGGGGUCCAAUAACAACAACAGCAGUAGCAGCACUGGUAAAGCUGCGAGCAGCGGCAGUAUUAACAGCAGCAACAGCAUGUUGGAUGGUGUUAGUGGUAGUAGCAGCAGUGGAUCAAGCCCAUGGCGAGCAAACAUGUUCCCUUCUUCGGCCCCUACGAUAACUGCCCCUUCUCCUGCCAUCUCCAGCCCACCUCCAUGCAUGCAACCUGAAUGGGGUCCUCCACCUGCUUACACUGAGCAUUAGCAAGAAAAUAUACGCCUUUCCUUCCCGUGUCUUAUAUGCUCCUUAUUAUGGUUUUCCCUUCUUCUUAUUCUUCCUCUUCUACUACUUCUCCAUCCUAUUCCCACAGCUUCAUUUCUCCUUGUGUAUGUAUGUAUCCUUAAUUCUUCUCUGAAGUUCUCUUCCUCGUUCAUCCUGAUUUUUUCCUUUAGCAUUAUUCACCAUCAUAGAUAGAUAUCAGCAUAUUAAUAAUAAUAGUUCAUGUAAUUACAUAAUGAUUUAUACCAUCAUCAGUUAAUAAUAAAGAUCUUUUCAAGUCCAUUGACC